AUGGCAACCACCGAGUCCUCCCCGUUAUUACCGCAACAUCAGCGCCCUGGUGCCAAUUCUACGACUACGUCACCACGCCCAGACCGUCGGACCGUGACUUUCAAUCCCCUCACCACCAUCAGUACAUACAAUGGCACGAGUCAAUCCAAUUCUAUCGUGCAGCCGCUACAUACGAGCUCGCCGCCUAUUCGUCAUUCGUCCUUGGGGCCUGUCGGACAGCCUAUGUUGUCGGCACUGAACAGUAAAUUGCGAAGACGUAAUAGUGCAGGUUCGCCUGUGACGGCGGUUGCAGGGACGAUAGUCGCGCCGAAGAUAGGUCCUCAGAGGACAUCGAAGAAUACUCAGAAGCUCAAGCUUUUACCGGACCCUGUUACCGGUGAUGACGAGGAAGUUGUCGACGAUGGAUUCCCUCGGGAUGUAUAUACACAGAUUAGCCGGAUCAAGGAACCUACGGCGCGAAGGGCCGCCGCAAGGCUGGGCAAAGCAGAUCGCGAUCGAUUACCUCGAGUUACGGCAUAUUGCACCGCAAACUCGUAUCGUUUAGAAGGGGUUAUGCGGUUUCUCAAAUCUAGGGACAAGACUCGCGGCGCCAAUCCUAAGCUGUUCGAUGAAUGUGUGUAUUCGCCGUUCGAUUAUCAAUAUGAAAAGAAGCAAGCAGAACACCAAGCCCAGACGAGAAACGGACAUCACCCAGAAGGAUCCAGUCAACCGCAACAGCAACAAUAUCGACUACCCGCAGAGCGCAGAUAUUCAGAUAGCGCGGUGGAGGUCGAAGAACAUGGCAAGAGCAUACGAGAAGACCUGAUUGAUUUCCGCGAGGAAGAAACAAAUCGCUCGCAAUCGACCACCGGUGUUGAUAAAUCAUCUGCAGUACAAGACGAAGAAGGCUUAGACCUCGACACGACUGUACAUACGCCAGAAGUAUUCCUCUUCGACUACGGCACCGUGGUAAUCUGGGGCAUGACGCCCGCCGAAGAAACCAGAUUUUUAGCAGAUGUCGCCAAAUUCGCAACUGCCAUCCUCAGUACAGAAGACAGACAAGUCGAAAACUUCAAUUUCUACUAUGCACGCGACUACCAAGCCCGAAUAUACAACGACUUCAUCUCCCUACGAGAGCCGCGCAACCAAAUGAUCAAACUCGCCAUUUCACACGCUUUGUCACAGUCUGUAAAAACGUCAUUAUUCGAAGACCUCGUCUCCGAAACUAUCGCUGCUACAGCCCCAUUUCCCGCGCAAAUCGCGAAAACGGGGAGUGUGAACAUGACGCGGAAACAAAUCAAUAUGCAGAUCGGGGAGCUGUUUAUCCUACGGAUUAAUAUCCAUUUACAAGGUUCCGUGCUGGAUAGUCCAGAGUUGAUGUGGGCAGAACCACAGCUGGAGCCUGUAUAUCAAGCUGUGCGUACUUACCUUGAGAUGGAUCAGAGGGUGGGUUUGCUCACGGAACGAUUGGACGUUAUUGCGGAUUUGUUGGCGGUGUUGAAGGAUCAAUUGAGUCAUAGGCAUGGUGAAUAUUUGGAAUGGAUUGUUAUUGUCCUGAUCGCCGCCGAAAUCCUGGUUGCCGCUAUCAACAUCAUAGUUGAUCUGUAUGCCGGCGUGGAGUAA